AUGGUGAGUACAUCUCUGUUAUUUCUGCUGGUAAUUGAGCAAGCGCCCCUUGUAUUGACAUUACAGCCAUUCCUAGGAAAUAAACCUGAAUAUAUAAUAGGUGUUCCGAGGGAAAAGCAGCACCUCUAUGCAUCAAAUGAACCAGAUCUGACUAAAUGGCACUGUUUGAGCGGUGAUAAUAUCGUGUUGAAUCUGAAUCAGAUCAAUGAUGGGGUUUGUGACUGUCCUGAUGGUUCUGACGAGCCUGGCACCGCCGCUUGCGAGGAUGAUGUAUUUCAAAAGGUUGCAGAACAAAGCAGUGAGAUGGGUAAGUACUUUUUUUGUGAUAAUAAGAACUUUAUUUCAAGAUAUAUACGAAUAUCAGAGGUAGCAGAUGGUAUUUGUGAUUGUUGUGACUGUUCUGAUGAAAUGCUGUCUGGAUAUAAACCUUUCGAUGUUGGAUCCGAUUGCUCUCAACUAAAAAACGAAUUUGAUGCUAUGGCCUCCGCCGAAUUGCUUAGCUAUCAGAAGGGUAAAAUGGCUUUAAAUGCAUUGGAAAAGAAAUACGGUGUAAAGGAAGAUGUUUCGGUCAGUGAAUUUUCCACUGAGAAAGAUAAGCAACAGCUUUCUGACAAGAUAACAUCGCUCUCCAACAAACUCGCAAAGGAAAAAACUAAAUUAUAUCAAGCGAGAAGAAACUAUUUUGGCCAAUUAGAAAUUCAGGAUCCGAUUUUGUAUCGAUUUGAACAACUGAAUAUUAGCGUUUUGGCCUCAGAAGUUUAUUCUUCAUUUGCGAUGGUGUCAUUGGUGAGUAAAAGUUAUGAAGACAUAGUGAAAAUUCUAAAUGAACUGUCUGAAGGUUAUGAAUCCUCUUUGAACGAUAAAGUCGUUAACGAUAAUGUUAAAAAAUUUAGAAAAUUGAAAAGGCAAGCUGAAAGGGCCAAAAUUACUGCGGACAGUGCCAUAGAUGAGGAGCAAAGAGAAAAUCUCUGUUUGUUCUUUACAAAGGAAGUGCCCAAGAUAUUUCUGGAAAGAAAGUCUGAACAUUCCUUAAGAUAUGUUAUAGGCAAAUCUAAUUUUGUUCAGGCAUUAAUUGUGGGUAAAAUUAACUAUACCAAAGAUAUCUUAGAAUACGUUUCCGAAUUUCGCUCAGUUAUGGACGAUAUUUCUCGAAACUAUAACGUCAACUUUCAAGACGCAGCAGUUAAAGCCGCCGUUGAUUCAUACAAUCAUUACUUGAGUGAACAUGGCACGUUAACCAAAGAAACAAAUAUGCGCCCAUCGGCGAUUCUUCUGGAACUAUUGAACGAAAUGACAUCAUUCGUCAAUGAGAAUGCACCCAAGAUAUUGCCAUCAGAUACUGCCGAGUCAGACCAAGGUGCGAAUGAUCAUCACAAUGGUACUUUCGGAGGCCUGCGCAACUGGCUUUGGGCAGGUUUACCUAAAAUAGAUCUAUUCUCAUCUAGGGCCAAUUUAAUCACGUUAGAAAAGCAAUUUCGUUCUUAUGAAGCCGCAGUUGCCCAACUGGACAUCAAAUUAGAAUUCAAGAAGGCUUAUCAAAAAAUACUACAUGAUACGCCAAGUGAAGGCAAUGACGCGACCGCCGCAGAGCUCACGGAACUAUUAAAACGAAUGGGCUCUCAGUCUUACUGUAUUGAAGAUGUAUUGGACAGCUACUCAUACAAGAUAUGCCUCCAAAAGCCGAUGGUUGAAGGCACGAUAUGUCAAUCUGAAGACAAGUCUGGCGGCAAAAAAGUUUUGAUUGGCCAUUUCAAAACUUUAGGGUUUGACGCAGACCUAAAUAUGAACAAAUACGUAGAGCAUUUGAAGGCCACGUAUGGUGAGAGUAGUGAUUUGACAUCAAAUUUGGCAAGCAUGCGAGAGGGGGACGACAAGGCGCAGUAUUACAUAUUUGGUAACUUGAACGAACUGAACAAUGGCCUGGUAUUACAAUACGAAGACGGAGACCAGUGCUGGAACGGACCGCGUAGAUCUGCUACUGUCUUCGUUCGCUGCAGCGACACGUUCAAAAUCCGGAGUGUACACGAAGUAACCAAGUGCAACUACAUAUUCGACGUCACCGGGCCUAUGGGCUGCAACAAGACUUUCGAAUAUGAGCCUCCUAAGUUCAACCUAGGCAAUUGA